AUGGCUAGGUCCGCUGAGCGUUCGCGGAAUCCAUGGCAUUUGCUGCCGAUGGCUGCGCGGAGAAGGACAAUCGGGAAUUUGUUUCACGGAUCUUACGACGAGUUGGAGUCAUACGAAUACGGCUGCAGAAUGACGCGGGAUGUGUUGAAGCGGCGGGGAACAAGAGAUACCUUUUUCCCAGAUGGAGCCGAGACCAAUUACGCUGUUGACCUGCAUAAUCCCCCGAUGCCUCACCUCGUUCGUGCGACAUUCCCUAACCAUGUUGUUGGAGCAUGCGAAACGUCGUGGAUGAGUGAAAAGUUUCAUCAACGUUAUCAUGGAAUAUUUGCGAAGCAGCUGGCGAAGGUUGGGAAACUACGCCUGAUUCGUUCAAACGUGAGGGCUGUUGUUGGUAUCCGUUCGGAUAUCAAAUCGAACUCGAAUGGAGCAUUGAAAUCGUCCGAUCUUUCCAGAUCCGGCUCAAAGCUGACUUUCAAGGACGUCGUUGAACGCUUGGAACACGACUGUGUGAAGAAUGCGUGGGAUCCAGUCGUUGAAGAAGAAAUUGAAUUUUUUCACAAAGUUUCCGAUGGUGAUACCAAGCGUCACUUUUUCAAGGCUGCUAAAUUCGUUUCUGUUCUUGCGACGCUCUUCAUCAAUCGCGUCGACAGUCUCGUGGAGGAAUCGAAAGAAGUUCUGAAAGAGUUGCAACGUGGUGAAAGGCGGGCAGUAAGGAAACCGAAGGACGAUGGUCUUACUAUUGUUUCUCUUGGACUUUCUGAUCGCCAACCGCUUACUUCAGCUCCUCGGAUUUCCAAGUCAGAUGAGUGUGGAAGGGAUGUUUUAUUGCUGGAUCGCCCUGCGUUGGUUGCUGCAAAAGAUCUGGGCAGAUCUCCAUUCCUGAACGUGUUCUGCACUUUUUCGAGUAACGCCAGCUUAGAACUAACUUAUCCAGAGUCGCGGAUGGUGAUCUUAACACCAACAGGGAGUCAGAUUCGUGAUACUUCUGACAAAGUGAUAGCCAAAAAGCUUUUAGAGCUUCGAGGUACCUCAUGUGAACCAGGAUUCGAAGAAGACGACGAAGAGCGCUUGGCAGCCAGAGGCGGUCUUACCUUGGCGAAUGAUGCGCUGGGAGAUCGACAAGACUCCUCACCGUGGAUGUCCAUUGAGGAAACAAUGCCUUUUACCAACCGGUUGAAAUCUCAGAGCUCUUUUAUCGCCGGAAUGGGACAUUGCUUUCAGGAUACCCUUCAGGAUAAUCUAACGGGGCCGUGCAACUUUUGCUUCAAACAUUGUUCAUUGUCCGCCGAGAGGUUGCUUGACGCACAGUUCUGUCCUCCUGGACUGGAUGACUAUUGGUUUUCUUUGCCAGUAAUGCGAAGGGAAGCAAAAUCACUGGUAAACGCUUGGAGGUUGGAAGAAACUGUGAACGAAGGCGAUGGGGUCACGGAAUCCUGCUUGUUGCGAAUGUCGGAAGAUUUCUCUGGGCUUUUUGCUAAAGCCGAUGAACAGUUGGAUUUGUCACUCGAAGAUACCUUGAUGGAAACACAAGCCCUCAAUGGUAGAGAUGAUGAAGAUGAGGAGAAUUGCCCACAUCUUCAAGCGUACGUGGAAAACAUGAAGAUGAAGUUGGAUCAAGAAUCCGAAGGAAGUUGGGAAACGUAUGCGAAGAAGAUAUUCCAUGUGAUACCUAAAGAUACUAACUCGAGUUUCGAGGAGGUUUGUGCAAAUUGGGAGCAUUUGGACACUCGCGAAGUCUGUCGUAUCUUCGAAACUACUCUUCGAAUGACUGAUCCUCCAGAUGACGCAACAGGCUCCAACAAGUACAAAGGAAAGCUUACGCUCAAAGUUAAGCGCGAAAAGAACCAACCCCAUAACAGUCUCGAGGUUUCAGUCCAUGAAGCUGCUCAAGUUGAAUUCUUUUACGACCCUCCAGAACCUGCUCCUACGCGUCGCCCGAAGAAGUCACAUCGUGCAUCGCGACAUUGA